UGUGUGUGUGUCCCGCCCACUCCCGCCUGCUAUAUAACCGCAGUUUGACAGCUCUCAGUUUACUGAGCAGGAGGACUCGGACCGACACCCCGCAGCCCCGGAUCAGACCCGAGCCCUGCUCCCUCUCCUCUCCUCUCCUCCCCGUGCCGUGCCGUGCCGAGCCGAGCCGAGCCGAGCCGAGCCGGGCCUCAGUGUUUCAGCUCUAGCACUGCCCCCCUGUCCCGCACGCCCCGCAGCUCACCUGCGUGAGGACCUGUCGGUGUUUGUCCAAACUGGAUUCUCGGAGCUCGUCGCCAUGCCUGUCCGGGUUUAGGUUCUCCAUGGAGCUCUCCAACCUGUACGAGGUCGCGCCCCGACCCCUGAUGAGCACCAUAACCCACGGCCAGCAGCCCUCCUCCGGCUACAGAGAGCCCGCAGACCUCGGCGGAGAGAUCGGAGACAACGAGACGUCCAUCGACCUGAGCGCGUACAUCGACCCGGCCGCCUUCAACGACGACUUCCUGGCGGACCUGUUCCACCACAGCUCCCGGCAGGACAAGCUCAAGAUCAUGAACGGGGACUACGACCCGGUGCAGUGCGGUUCAGGUCCGCAGCAGCUCUACAUGUCCAACUACACGGAGUCCAAGCUGGAGCCGCUCUACGAGCACAACCCGCCCCGGAUCCGGCCGGUGGCCAUCAAGCAGGAGCCCCGGGACGACGAGGACCUGAACCCGGGCAUGCCUCCCACCUACCACCACCCGCACGCUCCGCAGUACUCCCAGCAUGCCCCGCAGCAGCAGCAGCCGCACCUCCAGUACCAGAUCGCGCACUGCGCGCAGACCACCAUGCACCUCCAGCCGGGUCACCCUACCCCUCCGCCGACCCCGGUGCCGAGCCCGCACCACCACCACCACCACCACCAGCACCACCAACACCCACACCAGCACCCGCAGCAGGGCGGCAUGAAGCUGCUGGAGCAGCGCGCGGGAGGCGGGAAGCACAAGAAGCACGUCGACAAGAGCAGCCCGGAGUACCGGCUGCGGCGCGAGCGCAACAACGUGGCCGUGCGUAAGAGCCGCGACAAGGCGAAGCUGCGCAACAUGGAGACGCAGCAGAAGGUGGUGGAGCUCACCACCGACAACGACAGACUGAGGCGGCGGGUGGAGCACCUGACCCGGGAGCUGGACACGUUACGGGGCAUCUUUAGACAGCUGCCGGACGGAUCCUUCAAACCACUGGGCAGCUGAGAGCCCGGGACCCGGACCCGGACCCGGACUCUGCUGGAUUUACACAGAGACGGACUAUGAGGCAGCUUCACUGCAGACUGAUCCGGACGGGUCCAACCGAUCCGGACUGAUCCGGUUCUGACUCAUAAACUUUAAACAAACUGCAGCUUUCAGGUUCGGACUGGUUGAACUGGUUUCAGGAAUGUUCCAGACCAGGUGAGUCCACCUGCAGACACUCACCUGUCUCACUCGUCUUCGGUGGUGUUGUGCCUUGUUGAAUAAGCUCGUCCCUGCAGACCGGAUCGAACCGAACCGGACUGAACUGGACUGAACGUUUCGUGCCUUCCUCCGGACGGACCGGGUCUCCGCUCAGACCCGACCCACAUAUCAGUGCAGCUAAGGCGGGCACGGCGGGACAGAGGACCCCCCCCGUUUGUCUCUGUGUGUGUUUCCACAGGUUCGAGUCCGACUCACGGUACCGUCCAAACGGUCAUGUGACAGAAAAGUGACUCACACACAAAAAACAUCUCAUGACGUCACAGCGAGGCGGUGUGACGUCGACUGAUUGGAGACUAACAUUUAAAAAACGUUCUGAUAAACUCGAACAAA